AAGCGAAGCCCGCCCUUCGGUUUCCCGUCAUGCACCGCGGCCAGUGAAACUCUCCGGGCUGAGGACCCGCUUCGGUCCGGACGGCGCACGACUCAAAACUCCCCCCGUUUCCAGCCGCGGGUUUCGGCCCCAGAAAGGUCCGGGCUCACCGGGUCCCCGGUACCGGCGAAUGCCGCCGGUGGCAUCCCGGAGAAGGAGGAAGAUCCCGGAUGUCACCUGAUCCCCCUGCAGGGCCCCACAGAGGCCGGAGGGGGGGUAACUUUCCACCCGUCAGAGCGGGCGGAGCCUGAACCCUUCGGGCUUCCUGCCGGGCUGCUAUUGGAAGUGAAGCGGCCCGCUCGCCCUCGCCCGGCUCCUUCGGCCGCCGAGAGCCCACAAUCCUCCAUUCCUCUGAUUCAUUCAUUCAUUCCUCUGAUAAGGACGUUCCUCUCCGACCCCCGGCAGGAUGGAGGACUCUUCUGUGCUCUGGCUGCUCUUGCUGGAGUCGCUGCUGAGCUGCACGGCCAACGCAGCUGUGAGGAGGACGGCAGCUCUGCUGGAUGGACUGUGAGGAGGAACACCAGCAGAGAAACCAGCACCCAGUGUGGGGCAGACUGGGGGAAACCGACCGGUUCUGUCUGUAAGAUCAGUGUUGUCUUGGAAAAGGACAGUGGUGCUUACUGGUGUGAGUUGGGCGGGGGGGCGGCCGGUCCCAGCACCCCCCUCACUGUCUCUGCUCAACAUCUGGGACUCAGACAGCCGCCAGCAGCCCUGAACAUCCAGCUCACCCUGAAUGAGACCUCCAGGUCUGAGAACAUGGAGGCAGUCCAAUCGAGGAGGGAAGAGCCAAGGAGGGAGGACCUGCAGGUCGGGGAAAUCCUGAAAAACCACACAGAUUCACACAGGAAGGGGGCGGGCUGCAUCUGGGGCAAAAAGCUCAGACUUGCCCAGAGACUGACAGACGCAAAGAUGGAGGCUAGUGCUCAGUACCUGCUCCUUGUGACCUCACUGCUGAGCGGCUCCACACACCAAGCGGCUCUGACUGUGAGUCCCAGCAGCUCUCAGUUCUUCAGAGAAGACUCUGUGUCUCUGAGCUGUGAGGAGGACGGCAGCUCUGCUGGAUGGACUGUGAGGAGGAACACCAGCAGAGGAACCAGGACCCAGUGUGGGGCAGACUGGGGGGAACUGACCGGUUCUGUCUGUAAGAUCCGCUAUCUUUACCCCUUUGACAGCGGUGCUUACUGGUGUGAGUCGGGCGGGGGGGCGGCCGGUCCCAGCACCCCCCUCACUGUCUCUGGUCACAUGACCCUCCGGCCUGUUAGCAGGUCUGAUGAAGGCCUCUACAGCUGCUCCAUCGGGGGGGACAGGUCUCCCUCCAGCCGGGUCCGGGUCUCAGAGAACCCCCCCACCACAUCUGCCCCUCCUCCUGGAGCUCGGACUCCUCCUGAUUGGUUGUUGGCUGUUUGUGUCUGCUCUGUGGUUUCUCUGCUGGUCCUGGUUCUGGUUCUGGUUCUGCUGUGGAGACGAUGUGUUCAAAGGAAACCUGAAGGUGAGACGUACAUCCAAGAAUUAAGAUUUUAUUUUGCAGACAAUGAUGACGUUUUUAUGUCUGAUGAACAACAAGUUGGACCGGACUUUCUCACGUACAGCGACAUAAGAAUAUCACGUGACAGCGAUCCGGCUGUUAUUUACUCUGUAGUGAGACCAGACGGCCUCACAUAUGGAGAAAUAACCUUUAAAGAGAAGAAGAACAGGAAGAAGAACAGAGAGGCUCCGGCUGAGCCAGAUGUGCUCUACUCUUCCCUGAAGGCGUCGAAACCCCGGCGCUGA